AUGGAUGAGAUAUUUAACCACAGCGGAGGAGCGCUGAACCGAAGCUCACCUGCUGAUGAGAAUCUCCGUUUCGAAGACAUCGAUGUGAGCGCGGACGGCACCUUCAUCCUGAGGAUCCUCAUCUCCGUGGUGUACUCUGUUGUUUGCGCGGUGGGUUUGGUGGGCAAUCUGCUCGUGUUUUUCCUCACGAGGUUACGGCAGGGUCGAAAGAGGUCCAGCAUCAAUUUCUUCAUUAUCAACUUGGCGGUGACGGACUUCCAGUUCGUGCUCACUCUGCCCUUUUGGGCUGUGGACACCGCGCUGGACUUCAGCUGGCCCUUUGGAGACUCCAUGUGCAAAAUCAUCCUCUCGGUCACCGUGAUGAACAUGUACGCCAGUGUGUUUUUUCUCACCGCCAUGAGCGUAACUCGCUACCUAGCUGUCGCGUCUGCCCUGAAGAAAAAGGCGCACAGGAGGUCCCGGUGCGUAAAGUGGGUGUGCGCGGUGCUGUGGGUGGCGGCGACAGUGGCCACAGCGCCUACAGCUAUCUUCUCCACCGUGACUGUGGUCGCUGGAGAGAAACUCUGCCUCUUGAAGUUUCCCGAGGGGCAUGAUUGGCUCGCUCUCUAUCACAUCCAGAAAAUAUUAAUAGCCUUCAUCAUCCCGAUGCUCAUAGUCUCUGUGAACUACCUGAUGCUCCUGCGCUUCGUCAGACGGAGGAGCAUGGGCACCAACAACCCUAAACGGAGAUCUAGAGUCACCAAAUCUGUCGCCAUAGUGGUUUUGUCCUUCUUCUUCUGCUGGAUGCCAAAUCAUGCCAUCACCUUCUGGGGCGUUUUGGUCAAAUUCAACGCCGUGAACUGGGAUGAUUCAUAUUACAUGGUGCACACUUAUGUGUUCCCGGUCACCGUGUGCCUGGCGCACACAAACAGCUGCUUGAACCCGGUGCUCUACUGCCUGAUGAGGCCGGAGAUCAGAAAGAUGCUCAACAGUUUGUUUUGGAGAGCCUCCCCUCCAUCCUCGAAAAAGACCUGCGUGACGCGCUCUUUUACGCACGGAGAAACGCACGGAGUCGUGCCUCUCCAGAUUGUUGACAAUGGAGAGUACACGCUGUCCAUCAUAGACCGUAAAGGCUCACCAAGCUCCAGAAUGAUCCCGUACACAGAGUAA